GCUUUGGUGUUAGGUGAUUCCAAGCUUUUAUAUAAACCCUUCGUCUGCGAUCCCUUCGCUCAAUCCCUUGUAUUCGGCGGCUAUGGCUUCGCUCACAGAUCUCAUCAACCUCAACCUCUCCGACACUACCGAGAAGAUCAUCGCCGAGUACAUAUGGAUUGGUGGAUCUGGUUUGGAUAUAAGAAGCAAGGGCAGAACUCUCCCUGGUCCUGUUACUAAUCCAUCCAAGCUUCCAAAAUGGAACUAUGAUGGUUCAAGCACAGGACAAGCUCCCGGCGACGAUAGUGAAGUGAUCUUGUAUCCUCAGGCCAUUUUCAAGGAUCCAUUCAGGAGGGGAAAUAACAUUCUUGUCAUUUGUGACUGUUACACCCCAGCUGGAGAGCCAAUCCCUACUAACAAGAGAUACAAUGCUGCUAAGAUUUUUAGCCAUCCUGAUGUUGUUGCUGAAGAACCUUGGUAUGGAAUUGAGCAGGAGUACACCCUUUUGCAAAAGGAUGUCAAGUGGCCUCUUGGCUGGCCUAUUGGUGGUUUCCCUGGUCCCCAGGGCCCGUACUACUGUGCUGCCGGUGCUGAUAAAUCUUUUGGCCGUGACAUAGUUGAUGCUCACUACAAAGCCUGUCUCUAUGCCGGCAUCAACAUCAGCGGUAUCAAUGGGGAAGUCAUGCCUGGACAAUGGGAAUUCCAAGUUGGUCCCACUGUUGGCAUUUCAUCAGGUGAUCAAGUGUGGGCUGCUCGUUACAUUCUUGAGAGGAUCACUGAAAUUGCAGGAGUAGUUCUCUCCUUCGAUCCAAAGCCAAUCCAGGGAGAUUGGAAUGGUGCCGGGGCUCACACAAACUACAGUACCAAGUCCAUGAGGAGUGAUGGUGGAUAUGAUGUUAUUAAGAGUGCUAUUGAGAAGCUUGGCAAGAGGCACAAAGAGCACAUUGCUGCCUAUGGUGAAGGAAAUGAACGUCGUCUCACUGGACGACAUGAAACUGCUGAUAUCAACACCUUCCUAUGGGGCGUUGCCAAUCGCGGUGCAUCCAUCCGUGUUGGUCGUGAGACGGAAAAGGAUGGCAAAGGCUACUUCGAGGACCGGAGGCCAGCUUCAAAUAUGGAUCCAUAUGUGGUUACCUCCAUGAUUGCGGAGACUACCAUUCUCAGGAAACCAUAGACCAUGGACAAUUAGCCUUUAGCUGGUUCUCUCUCUCUUUGUCGUCUUGAUGGUGGUAGCAUGAUCGAUUGUUGAACACUUAACUUCACUUAUGGUCGUGUACUUUAGAUUUGCCAUUUGCUCUGUUGUUGCUUAUGAUUUUUAUUGCAUUCUCAGACGAAAUAUCCCUGAAUAAAUGUACAAUCUGAUGAAGAAUCAAUGCUCAUCGACUGAGAUGAUGUUGAUUGGUUGUCUUGCUAUAUCAAAGUUGGCUUAUUAUGAUCAA